AUGAAGACAGGCUUCAUGACUGCUCCGGUCACCAAUCACAAUCCCACCAUUGACGACUACAAAAACAACAAACGCCAAGACCAGAAGGACGUAGGGCCAGGUCAAAAGGAAAAGCAUACUCAGGUUCUUAAACGACAUGGAAUACACCAGAAGAAACUGAAGAACUCUUCUGAGUUCCGAAAACGGUCCUUUAAUGGGGGGAAGCCUCUCUUCCUUCUUCUUGUGCAGCUCAGUUUUCCAGGCCUCACUGAGCUUCUGUGCAAUGAGGUGUCCCGCACAGAAGGCAGCCCAGAUGAUAUUGGGCUCGCGCAGGGCGCGGCUGAAGGCGGAGAAGAGCAGGCAGGACACGAGGAAGGUGCAGCUCAAGGCGGCCGAGAAGUAGUAGCCCUCCAGCUGCGCCAUCCCGCGGGGCCGCGUCCCGGGCCCCAGCCCCGGGCAGACGCGCGCUCAAAAAGCAGCGCGCAAGGCCCCGGCGGCGGCCGGACGAGUCUUAUAAGCAGACCAAAAAUUUUGGAAGCAGAAGAAAGACUGGACAGUCUGACAGAGAGGCAAGUUUGCAUGGAUGUGAUUGGCAUCCUGCUCCUGGGGAUGAAUAGAGAACACUGGAUACUUUCCUGGACCCAUCAAUCACAUGAAAUAAAAGCCUUAUCUCUGGGGAAGUGGACAAUUUUGAUGGCAAUUAUAAUGAUUCUGAAAAGCCAUGCAAAUGUUUGGGUGGUGAUUGGACAAUAUGGCUGCUGUGUGCAGGACCAACGUCCUAACAGGAACAGGAGUUGCUUGUGUCUAGGCUGGAAAGUCUUCACAACUUGAGGAGCCAAGCUCUAACAUCAGUGGGGGUAUUCUGAAGUCUAUCUGCCUGCUGCUUUUAUACUCCCACAUUCCUGUCUUGCAUGUAUGUAUUUGAAAACAUCACCCAAGAAGUUUACAAAAAAAAUAAAAAAGGACUUCACUAAAUAUUGAAAAAGAAUAAUUCACACAUCAUUAUUCAAGAAUGAAAGCAAGACAUGUUGACUUUCAAACAUGAUAGUUAUUACAGGUUCUAUGUUGUCAUCUAAAAUGCUCUAAAUGGCUCCAGAUUGGCAGGAUGUUUCAAAAUAAUGAUUUUAUUUAAAUGCAAGAGAAUUUCAGCCAGUUGUCAGUUUCUGACUUUGAAAAGUCCAGCUGCUCUCUCCUUCUGACAUCUCACCUGUACAGUUCUCAUCACAUCCACGACAUGAGCCUUUGCUGUUACAAAUCUUUGGAAUAUUUUUUUCUCACUGUUUGUGUUUUCAUGUG